CCCGCCGCCAGCCAUGGCCGACAUGAAGACGGGCAUCUUCGCCAAAAACGUCCAGAAACGCCUCAACCGCGCCCAGGAGAAGGUACUUCAAAAACUAGGAAAAGCAGAUGAAACAAAAGAUGAACAAUUUGAAGAAUAUGUACAAAAUUUCAAAAGACAAGAGGCAGAGGGUUCUAGGCUCCAGAGAGAAUUGAGAGCAUAUUUAGCAGCCAUCAAAGGCAUGCAAGAUGCCUCAAAGAAGCUUACAGAGUCUCUCCAUGAAGUCUAUGAGCCAGAUUGGUAUGGCCGAGAAGAUGUGAAGAUGAUUGGAGAGAAAUGUGAUGAACUUUGGGAAGACUUCCAUCAAAAACUGGUGGAUGGGUCGUUGUUGACCUUGGAUACAUAUCUAGGACAGUUUCCUGAUAUCAAAACUCGGAUUGCAAAACGAAGCAGAAAGCUAGUGGACUAUGACAGUGCAAGACAUCAUCUAGAAGCCCUGCAGAGCUCAAAAAGAAAAGACGAAGGAAGGAUUACCAAGGCAGAAGAAGAGUUUCAGAAAGCACAGAAAGUAUUUGAAGAGUUUAACACUGAUCUGCAAGAAGAGUUGCCAUCUCUGUGGUCACGGCGAGUUGGCUUCUAUGUGAACACCUUCAAAAAUGUAUCCAGCCUUGAAGCCAAGUUUCACAAGGAGAUAGCUUUACUAUGCCACAAACUCUAUGAAGUGAUGACGAAGCUGGGAGAUCAGCAUGCAGACAAGGCCUUCACCAUUCAAGGGGCACCAAGUGAUUCAGGUCCACUCCGUAUUGCAAAAACACCGUCACCACCAGAGGAGGCAUCUCCCCUGCCUAGCCCUACUGCUAGUCCCAAUCAUAUGCUGGCACCAGCAUCUCCGGCACCAGCCCGGCCUAAAUCACCCACACAGCUGAGGAAAGGUCCGCCAGUCCCACCACUGCCUAAGCUCACACCCACAAAGGAGUUGCAACAGGAGAACAUCAUUAACCUAUUUGAUGACAACUUUGUCCCAGAAAUCAAUGUGACAACUCCAUCACAGAAUGAAAUUCCUGAAGCUAAGAAAGAAGAAUCUUUGCUAGAUCUGGACUUCGACCCUUUCAAGCCAGAAGCUGUAUCAACAGGAGUAUCUCAUUCGCCCAUGUCUCAGACAUUGCCAUGGGAUCUAUGGACGACAAGCAGCGAAUUGGCGCAGCCGGCAUCCAGCACUGCAUUUAAUGGAUUUGCACAGGAUGCUGGUGCAUUUACAGUGCAAUCAAACGAGAACGUGACAGAGACUUUGACUGAGGCCGAAGAAGCUCCACCUGGAGAACCCAAGGUCGAGGAAACCCCUGCUGCUGCUGCUGUGGAAAAGGAGGCCAUCCCUGCUGAGCCUGCCAAGCCAGCAGAGCAGGCUGUGGACAGUGUCGAGGCAGGGGAUAAAGAGACAACUGGAGUUGCUGAGAAAGAGAGCGAGGUGGUAACUGCAGUGGAGGGGACAGUGGCAGCAGAAGACAGUCUGACAGUGGCAGCGGGAGCUGGUGAUAGUGCUGCUAUCACUGAGAAGGAGGCUGUUGCUGAAGGUGAAGAACCUCAGGGAGAAGAAAAGGAGGCUGAUGCAUCUCAGGAAAAGGUCAGCAGCAUCCCUUCAGUAGUAAUAGAGCCAGCGUCAAACAAUGAAGGAGAGGGAGAAGAACACGAAGUCAUCAUGAAUGAGUCCAAAGACGCUUCAGCAGAGUUAGGCACUCAGGGCGCUGACAGUUCUCCCAGUGAAACUUCCCAAGUUGGAAGUGAGCAGAAACCCACUGAAGAAAUACAGGCUGCACCUUCUCAAGAUCAGCAUGUUUCAUCAGAAGAUGCAGCUUCUGCCAUGCCACCCGGCUUUCUCUUUAAGGUUGAAGUUCUACAUGAUUUUAAAGCAGCUAACAGUGAUGAACUUAAUUUAAAACGAGGAGAUAUUGUACUAGUAAUUCCUUCUGAGACCACAGCUGAUCAGGAGGCUGGCUGGUUGACAGGCAUUAAGGAAUCCGAGUGGCUUCAGUACAGGGAUGCAAAUAGUUACAAAGGACUUUUCCCAGAGAACUUCACACGCCAUCUGGAGUAG